UAUUUAUCUCAAUUAUAUGAUUGGGACAAGCUUUAUGACAUUUUUAUAAAUAAACUGAACUUUUCUUUCACCUCAAAGUCUGCAUUAUCUGAAUGUGCACCCUUUUCUUAAACUUUCCAUGUGAGGUUUGGAUUGUGAGAUUGACACCCACAACAAAUUUCAAGACGACUUUUGUUUCAAGAUUCAUAAUUUUGCUCAUUUUUGGCAGUUACACGGCCGCGAGAACAGGUGGCUGAUGCAGAAACAGUGCUUGGACUUACCGGCUCUUUGGUGGAUUCUGUUAAGUCGCAUCUCAAAGGAAAUGUGACACCUUCAGGGUUUGUUUACCAUCUUCUUAAACAUUAUGGAAGAAGAGGGGGUCGUGGUAAGAAUGCAGGGCCCAUACUACGCUGGGAAGAAAUUGCUUUACCCUUUCUCAAGGAUGAUUCAGAUUGUAAGACCAUGGUUGGACCAAUGAGUUAUAAGAUAAAGCUUGAACCAGUAUAUUGUAUGAUCAAGCCUGACGCACUGAAUUAUGUUAUCAAGCAUAGGGGGAUCAGAAAUGAGAUUAAGAAAACAAGAUGUACUCCUUAUGUUCGCCCGGUGAAGCUCCUUGAUAGCACUGCUGAGUGGAAGUCAAAUACGGAAACGAAUGUUUCAUCAAUGUUUGAGACCAUAAAAGAGAAGAAAUGUGUCAAGCUUGAGAAUCUUGUCCUUAAUAGGAUUUCCUAUGCCCAGACCAUUGAAAACAUAUUUGUGCUUUCUUUCUUGGUAAAUGACAGGCGGGUUGCUAUAAGAUUGGCUGAGAAUGGCUCUUAUAUCGUCUCUACAAGGGAUGCAGCAGCAUGUGUGGUUCUUCCUACCAAUGAGCCGUACCAGAAUUCAAUAUUCAGAUUUGAUUACAUAGAUUGGAAGGUUAUGUUAGAUUUGGUGCCAGAUGGUGAGGAGCUGAUGCCCCACAGGGAUCCUUUCAAGUUAUCCUGAUUACAACUGCAACCUCCUCCUGUAUAUGCUUGCUGUAUUUAGCACUUUUUUGUCAGCUGCUGCCAACAACAGUAUCCAAAUUUUGUAAAUAUUAUGUUGUAAAAUGAUGCAUUUCUAACAGCUUGCCUCCAGAUAUGGAGAUUUUUUGUUUUUUGUUUCUGUCUCUUGCUGCUAAAGUUUCUGCCAAAGGUGCAUAUUUUUGUAAGUAAGCUAGUUGUUAGCUUGAAUGGUGGUGACUGAUUUGCUCGCCCCUAACAUUUUAGCCUUUUAGGGGUGUUUCUAAAUGCAACCGCAAAUCUACUAUUCAAAGUCACAAUUUUUUAUUUUUAUUAAAUAAGUAUUUAUAAGUU